UACAUGCAUUACAUAUCUACAUGUUUUGAUGUUGAUUGCUUUGAGCCAUUAAACUGGGGUUAACUUUUUUUGGUUUGUUUUUUCACCUUAGACCUGAUGGCACUGAAAGAGGAGGGGGAAGUACUGAAUGAAAUUGAGGAGAAAGAUCAGUAUGAGAAGCUUCAUGAUUUCAUUACCGGAGAAAAAUCUUUUUGUUCCUUACAGUCUGAAAAGACUUUCACACGAAAAAUAGCUCAAGAGACAGAAACUAGGAAUUAUUUUGCUUGCUUUCAGUGUGGAAAGACUUUCAAUCAACAAGGAAAACUUAACAGGCACAUGAAAAUUCACAAUAGAGAGAAGCCUAACAGAUCCCCUCAGUGUGAAGAGAGUUUCAAUGAAAAUGGAAACCUCGAUGUCCACAGCCCUUUUACCUGCCAACAGUGUGGAAACAGUUUCACUAAUAAAGGAAGCCUUAACAAGCACAUGAGAGUUCACACUGGAGAGAAGCCUUACACAUGCAAUCAGUGUGGAAAGAGUUUUAGUUUUCAUGGAAACCUUAAAGUUCACAUGAGAGUUCACACUGGAGAGAAGCCUUUCAUCUGCAAACAGUGUGGAAAGAGUUUCAGUCAACACGUAAAUCUUGAAUCUCACUUGAGAAUUCACACUGGAGAGAAGCCUUUCACCUGCAAACAGUGUGGAAAGAGUUUCAGGCAACCUGGAAAUCUUGUUCACCAUAUGAGAAUUCACACUGGAGAGAAGCCUUUUACCUGCAAACAGUGUGGAAAAAGUUUCAGUCAACCUGGAACCCUUAAUUACCAUAUGAGAGUUCACACUGAAAAGAAACCCUUCACCUGCCUUAAAGUCCACAGGCGAAUUCACACUAUGGAGAGAUUUUUUACCUGCCAACAGUGUGGAAACAGUUUUACUCAUAAAGGAAGUCUUAACAGGCACAUGAGAACUCACACUGAGGAAAAGCCUUACAUAUGCCCUCAGUGUGGAAAGAGUUUCAGUCAAGAGCGAUACCUUGAAAUUCACAUGAGAAUUCACACUAAAGAGAUGUUUCAACUGAAAAGGUAACCUUCAGUGCCACAUGAAGAUUUACUCAAGAGGGACCUGUUUAAAUGUUAAGUGUUGUUUUAAGUUUUACAGACAAGAAAAGCCAAAGAAUCAUUCAGAGACAUCGGAGGGAAGCCUGUCAUGUGCCAUCACUGUGGAAAGACUUCCAGAAACAAAGCAAAUCUUGAGUUUCACUUAAACUGGAUGAUGGCAUAACAUCUUCCGUAUAGCUGCUUUACAGCUGAAUCGCAUCUUGCUACAUUGACAUUUGUUAUAUUUAACAAAUAACCCCUAACACCCCUCACCCAACCAACGAGCCAACUAUGACUUCCACCGAAAUGCAACUAAUGCCUCAAAAAGGCAGAACAGGCCUCUGGUUCCAUGGCAAUCGAAGACAAAUCAUCUGAUAACACUGGUUUUAUUGCUUAAAGGAAUGUGGGCAGAGCAACUCUCACUACAUUUCCAAGACACAUAAUGCCCAUAGAAAAGGACUCUUCUCUGAAUAAUUCAUAGACAAACAUUUCUGAGAAUGAACACUCAUAUCCUCAGGUCAUUGUGUGUAUUAUUACUGUUCUUGUAUAUUGUCUAUUGUAUUGUAUACUGUUUUACACAUGCGUUAUGAUAGAAUCGCUAGUUAAUGUAACCUCACUUAUACCAUGUUAGGUAUCUAUGAUUUAUGUUGAUGAUCUAAAUGAGAGUGUAUAUGUUGUAAUGGAAUUCUUUAAUACUGUAAAUUCUUUAAUACAUUCUACGUAAGCAACUUUUGAGAAUUGAGAA